UUUACGGCAGUCACAUUGUUGACACUGGAACAAAAGACCCGCGAAAACUGCGCAAGGUUGCAUGAAACAAGAGCGCCCAGGGCAUAAUAAAAACGCCACUGAACUAUUUGAAAAGGUCACAUUGGCUAAAGUACACCGGGGCUAAGCAUCCGUUAUAAAGUAGGUUACUUCCUCGACCAUGGGAUCUUAAUCUCCCAACUUACGAUUAACUCGAUCCAAAAGUUUACAUACUUCAGCCAAAGUAGGUCAGAGACGUAGAAAGAGAUGAGUAAGACGAUCCUUCAGUGAAUAAGAGGGACCAGGAGUUUAGAAUAUCCGGCACUAUAACACGGUUAUUAGGAGUGUCGAGAGCAUCGUAUUGGUGCUGUCAUUUGCGCUGUGUGUAAUCAUUUACCAACAAAACUGAGAAAGGGUUGGAGAGAGAAGGAGAGCCCAAGGGACGUUCGUACCAAGACGCCAUGGCUUCGGCGUGUUGUCGAGAGUUGAUAAUACUGUUAAUUUGCACCUUUGCAGCGUCGGAAAAUGUGCGAAACGACACGGUGCCCGAAAUCUACUCACUCCACAUACGGUCGGACAUAGCGUACCGUUUCGCCACCACCACUGUGGUCAGUCGGCUGGCUAACCAUGCAUUGGAGUCCAAGGAGGCGGUGUUCCUGGUGCAGCUACCUGAAUCCGCUUUUAUAUCGAAUUUUUCCAUGACCAUCGAAGGCAAGGUGUACGAUGGGCAAGUGAAGGAGAAGGAGCAGGCAAAGAAGGAAUAUACUAAGGCCAAAAGCCGGGGACAGACUGCCGGGCAUGUCAGCGCAAAACCAAGAGAAACGAACCGUUUCAAAGUUGCCGUCAACGUAGCUGCCCAAAGCAAGAUCACGUUCAACAUCACGUUCCAGGAACUGCUUCAGAGAAAGUUGGGGCUUUACGAACACGUGAUCAACGUGAAUCCCGGGCAGGUUGUCCGAGAUUUGAAAGUUGAUGUGUACAUUCACGAAUCUCGCGAGAUUACCGUUCUGAAGGUGCCGCCUCUUCGAGUGCCUGGUGAAACGAAUAACCUUGAAGCCACACAAAAUAAUGAGCUCGCAGUAAUCGACCGCAUCGCGCCUAAUAAAGCCCAUAUCAGUUACCGCCCCAGUGCGGCGGAGCAACAGGCAGAUUCCUCCGCUGGGAUAUCCGGGCAAUUCGUCGUGCAAUAUGACGUCAAACGGGAUAUGGACGCCGGGGAACUUCAGGUUGUUAAUGGGUACUUCGUUCACUACUUCGCCCCCACAGGUCUUCCUGUCGUGAACAAAAACGUAUUCUUUAUUUUAGACGUGAGUGGCUCCAUGAGCGGUAGAAAAAUUAGACAAGUUAAAGACGCAAUGAAUGUCAUAUUGAAUGACCUGAGGGAGGAUGACUAUUUCAACAUCAUUUUGUUUGGGUCUGGCGUGAGAUACUGGAACGACGAGAACAUGAUCCAAGCCACCCUUGACCACGUGGGGGCUGCAAAACAGUUUGUGCGCAGAAUGUCUGCUAGCGGGGGAACUAACAUCAACGACGCUCUGGUGCGUGGUAUGGAGUUCCUGGAACGUCACGAAUCACAGAGCGGAAAAAAGUUGCCUUCGCUCAUCAUUUUCCUCACUGAUGGCGAUCCAACGUCGGGCGAAACGUCGCUAGAAAAAAUAGAAAGCAACGUGAAAGCUGUUAACAAAGAAAGAUACAGCCUGUUCAGUCUUGCCUUCGGCUCAGGGGCUGAUUACAAAUUCCUGCAGAAAUUGUCACUACAGAACCGCGGCGUUGCCAGAAAAAUCUACGAAGACUCCGACGCCGAUCUGCAGCUGAAAGGAUUCUACGAUGAAGUCGCCAACCCUUUGCUGUCGGACAUAAAAGUCGAGUAUCUUGGUGACUCUGUCGACAACACAUCUCUAACCAGAAACGCGUUCAUCAACUAUUUCGAUGGGUCUGAAAUCGUUGUGGCGGGAAAACUAGCUGAUGUCAACGUCCCGUCUCUAAGUACGAGAAUCUCAGGGGUUGGUGCUGAAGGCAAUGUGUUGCUCGAUACAAACGUAAUUAUUACCGGAGGGGUUGGGAACACCUUGGACCUUGACCUUGACGCUCCGGACGCGAGCAGUUUGACGUCUUUCACGGAAAGACUGUGGGCGUAUCUUACCAUAAAGAACACACUUGAAACGAUGAAGGAGACGUCUGAUAACCAGGAGAAGGAGACUCUGAAACAGAAAGCACUGGAUAUGUCCUUGAAGUACCACUUUGUGACGCCUGUGACGUCAAUGCUGGUCGUCAAGCCAGACGAGCCCGAGAAAAACGCGGGGGAUCUUAUUGAAGACGACGGUUCCGAAGCAGAAAGUAGUGCAUCGAAGAGUAGAGGACCUUCCAGAAAGAUGGUCCAUUCAGCAAGCGUUCAAAGGUCCUCGGGGUCUCCGGGCUUUUCAGGAUUUGCUGACAUUCGGCAGUUUCGCAGGCUCGACCAUUUCAACCUCAUGCACGCUCGUUUACCGCCUCCAAUGCCAACAUUCUUGUCAUUGCCAAGACCGUCAUUCUUGCUACCAGCUACUAUUACUACUACUACUACAACUACUACAACUACGCACACUCCCUACACAACUAAGCGGCAACAUAAGGCAGGAACCUCUGGCAGAAAACGAAAAAACAAGAAAAAAGUGAAAGAGGCUCUCUCGGACAAUGACCCCCACUUUCUCAUCACUGUGAAAGGCAGUAACAAACCCGUUUGUUUCGAUGUCAACGGUAAUCCGGGCGACCUUUAUCAGUUGCUAUGGGAUCCGGAUUCAGACAUUACCGUCAACGCCAAGAUCGUAGCUAGGAAGGGCUCUACUAAAACUUGGAACAAGACGAAAACCUAUUUUGGGGCGAUUGGUUUUCUUCACGGAAAUACACGGGUUAAAGUGGGACCACAUUCGAUAAAGAUCAACGACAAAACCUACAACUGGCGCCAAAACACCGUGAUCUCCACUACUGAUGGGGUCAAGGUCACCAUACACAAGAAAAGGAAUGUGACCAUAGGCGUGGGCAAUGGGAAAGAGUUCGCCAUAGUUCGACAUAGGGUGAAGAGGAAUCAUCCUACUAAAGUUUCUUUCGUGGGUUUCUAUAUUCUGUCUGGAGAUGGCUUGUCCAGCCGGUCACACGGCUUGAUAGGUCAAUUCUUCCACCGAGCUGUCAACAUCCAGUCUCCAACGGCUUCACCGGCAUCUGCUUCCAACCCCGCGCUCCUGACAUUCCAAGGUCGUUUUAGAAAACGUCCAGUAGAAGUUCGUCCUGGCAGGCGACUCAACAUGAGAACCAGUAAGCACGUUGAUUGCUGGCACGUGCGGAACAAUGGGUGGGGUUUCAUCGACGGCCAUUUUGAAAACUACAAGGUGAAGGACAUAUUGCGCGAAGACCUGGCCAUCGACCUUCAACAAUUCAAAACCUGAUUUGUAAAGUUGGUAUGGCGUUUUGGGCAUAUCAUUUCAGAGGGCAUUUGACGUGAGACUCAACAGUUUGGAGUUUUUUUGUCCAACGGGUCUUAAUCCACCUCGUUUUUUGUGGAAUCAAUUAAGCAUUUCAAAGACAAUCAGUUUUCUGUUUAUGCUGCUCGUGUUUGUGGCACGUUUUUCUUGCCGUCGGGUCAGGGAUGUCUUGUGCCCAACUAUAUGUAUGUAAUGUAAAAGAAACUUACUUCCCAGUGUGUGGCAUUUUACUUAUUUCUAUUUUCAUACAAUUUGAAUGGUUCUUUUACUUAAGCAGGGUAUGUGAGGAUUUGUGUUGCUGUGCUGGUGAAAGGAAUAUGGUGAAUUAUUGUUAAGUGUGUUUCUGUAUUAGUGCAUGUUGGAAGGGGAAAUAUGUUGACGGAUACACAACGUAUUGCAUAUUAAGUUCGAGGUUGUUUAAUUGCCCUUUGGGAGAAAGAUUGGGUUUGGAUUUGGUUGCAUUGACCGUAUGGAUGUUUGCGUGUUUUGAUGAAAAUGUGCCAAUUUUCGAAAGUUUCCAUGUUACGAUAAAACUUUUGAUACAAGAUGUUCAGUGUAGUUUUAAUACAUGGUAUCGAACUUCUACGUUGAUCUUUAUACCUACCAUGUGCUAGUAUUUUCUCACCCAUAUUAUUUUGUUUCUUUCAACUUUGUGUAAAUAAACAUGUAUUCGUGCAGUCA